AGAGAGGCAAAAAUAUAAUAAACCUCAUAAAAAUCAUAUAAGCAUGUUGUAUCUUUCCAGGCGGCUGAAGCCCUACGAACUAAAACAUUUGACAAAACUACUCAAAAUACUCAAAGUACACAGCGAGCAGAUUCUGAUGGAAUCUCGUUGCUCUAACGAUAUCCAAGUACAUAAUCAGCAUUAUAUGACAGUUUUCCUUCUUACAUCUUGUAUUCGCGCAUAGAUCGUACCGAACGACUGGCCACGUAUUCAUAAUUUCAGUGAGCAAUCAGCGAUCUGCGGUCUGUGAGAAAGAAAGUAUAGUAGCACAGUGAGAUCUGGGUGAAGAAUGUUCGAUGUAUAGGAUAUCAUCACUAGUGUCCUUCCAAAGGGAGGUUGAGGAGCUCUACGGGGAGAACUAUUACGAAUAUGGUGCUGGAAACCAGGGAAAGACGGACUCAUUUCACAUGCGGAAUGGGUGGAACAUCUGGAAUGCAUUAAAUGGAUCGUUAGUUGGGAGAAAGAAAAUCCCCGUGCAGGAGGAGGAAAACGAUGACGAAGUACUGGGAUCGACGAUGAAGGCAGUGAAGUCGCUGCUGCCUGUCUACAGCUCGUCGAUCAGUCUGCUUCUUCGCGGAGUCCUGUCGAUCGUUCUUCGCCUGGGUAUGCUCCUCGUGCAGCUUGGAAGCAUCCCGAUGAACAACGUGAACCUAAUCCUUCUGCAGAAUCUGCUCGAUGUGACCGUCGUGAGUGUAGUCUACCUUCUGCUUGGGUUCGCAUUAGCAUUCAACGGUGACACUGCCGGCCUGAUUGGCGGCGAUUUCUGGAUCUGGAGCAGUGAAGCAAACGAAGAAGAGGCGUUCCUCGGAUGGGAAGCAGCGAUGGCGGCUUCGGGCAUCUGCACCAGUGGAAUCGUUGGCCGAAUGCAUACCGUCGGGUAUGUCCUGAGUGCGAGCCUUCUUGCAGGCCUGCUGCAACCAGUCCUUCUUCACUGGAUUUGGAGCCCGAGGGGCUGGAUGGCCACGGGCUCGCUCGCGGGAAAGCGAGUGCACUUCCACGACGAUGCCGGCGCCAGCGUAAUUCACAUUCUCGGUGCUCUCUCAGGAACGAUAGGCUCCCUCGUUCUCGGGCGAAGGCUGCUUCGACUGCGGGACAUCGACGAGGCAAGUAUCCCGAGAGACUCGGGCAGCAUCCUCUUCUGCGGGCAUUUUCUCAUUUUCGUGGGCCUUCAAGGAUUGUCACUCGCUCGCACCUCGAGAAUGUUACUAACGACUCGGUUGGUUUUCGUGAAUGGUCUCUUGGCGGGCUCGGGAUGCGCUCUCAUGGUCGUCGCGCUGCACUUCACUCUGAGCCGCGAGCCUUUCAAUCACUGGACGGUGGCGCGAUGCCUGCAGGCCGUCACCGCCGGCAUCGUCACCCUGUCAGCUGGCAUCGACUUCUACUCGCCACUUGCUGCCCUGAGCAUCGGUGCCAGCGGUGGCCUUGUCUUCUACGUGCUCUCGAGACGGGUCUUCCGCAGCGCCCUCGAGGAUUACUGCAACAUUUUCGCCGGGCACCUUGGCUGCGCCCUCCUUGGAAGCUUUAUGGCACCGCUCGCCAUCACAACGUCUACCCAGACACCAAUCAACUCCCGACUGGCCGACCUUGGCUGGCAGCUCAUUUGCCUUGUUGCUCUAUUAUCCUUGGUCCUCUGCUCGAUGGCACCGCUCUUUCUCUCUCUUGAGCUUUUCGGCUUCCUAAGGAACCGCUCCGAAUACCUGAACAACCUGAGAUCGCGCAUCGCUCUCCGACGCGGCCCUGCCCGUUCCUAUAUGCAGCGUCUCUUUUUUCCUGACGGCGAAGCAAUUUACCUUCAACCAAGUCUUCCCACCAUGCCGAACGAAGUCGCAUUUCCGAUCAUUCCAAUUUCUUCCAGUCGCGAUGCUGAUGGUACUCGUAUCGAUGUCACUGAUGCAGAUGAUGACGGCGCUUCGCCGAGAUUCCUUCAAUACCAUCGGGAGAUUUCAAAAUUCCAUGGCACUGCUUCACGAGGACCUUCUUUUUAGAUUAUGACGAAGAAGCAUCGGCAAUAAAAUUAUUCUUACAUUGAAUGUGGAUGAAGUAAGAAGAUAGAUAAGGCAGGGCAGCACAAGCUACUGCUUGUCAUGGCGUUAUCACGAAGAUCACAAAGGAUUAUGUUACGUCG